AUGUAAUCAGGAGAGAAUGUAGCUAAUCAAGUCAAAUCAAAAGAACAUAACAAGAGAUAGAAAAGAAUCAGAAAAAAUCAAAAAUAUUAUAUUAGGCUAUAUCUGAAAUCAUUUCACUUCCUAUUUGAUUUGUUAAUACUGAAGGUAUUGAGAAUGUAGCUUUAAAGAAGUUUCUAAAUCCAUCAUAAUAGAAGAUGUUAAGGCAGACAAUCAAUGCAAUUAAAUAUUCUGAUAUAGCUUUAUUUGUUGUUGAUGCUAAGGCUAUGA